UUCAUCAAACAAAACAUUAACAAGCAAUUCUUAAGUUCUUCAACAAAUAGUUUGAUUUCUCACCGUCUGUAAUACUACUUAAUUUUAAUAUCAACAUCAUGGAUAACUCACAGAACUUGAGCUACCAAGCUGGCCAGACCAAGGGCCAAGCUCAGGAAAAGGGUAACCAGAUGAUGGACAGGGCCGCCAAUGCUGCACAGUCUGCCAAAGAAUCAGUGCAGGAGGCCGGGCAGCAAGUGCAGGCCAAGGCGCAACAGGCGACUGAUGCAGUUAAAAACGCCACUGGCAUGAACAAAUAAAUUUCUAUUUUCGACUAAAUGGGCUCUUUUUUUUCCCCUUCAAAAGCUUGGAGUUUUUGUUAUAAUUUUUCUCAUUCAAAUUAGGGAAGCAAGCAAUUUUUGUUGUUUAUUAGGAUUAAGUAUUGUUGAGUUUUUUUGUUUCUGAAUUAAAGAAGAAGCUGUGUAAGGAGGUUUCAUUGUCACAGCUCUCUUUACUACUCUAAUAAAUAAUAUUACCAUUGUUUGGUUCUUUCUAA